AUGUGGAACGCUAGAUUGUGCUUUCUUUUUUCCUCCUAACUUCACGUUUCCAUGCACCAAAAUGUUGAUGCUACAAAUAUUGGAUGCCACACUUACCUGACAGGCUUCUUCCAUCUCAACUGGACGCGGGGACUCCGAGCGAGCGCGCAAACUGCGGCUGGAGCCGGGUUCUCGCAGCCGGAGCGAACUCAGCAGACCGAGGAUUCCCUCGGGCCUGGGUGCGGAGCCGCUCCGCCGCCAGGGCUCCCGCAGUCAGCCCCCGGCGCGCACGCGCGCUUCCCUCGGGCGGCCCCGGCGCCUCGGGUUUUCUGCCCGGCUGCGACUGGACGGCUCUGGCGGGCGGGGUGGGUGGGGACGAGCGCUCCUCACGUGACCAGCGCCAACAUGGCGGCGCCCAGCGGCGUCCACCUGCUCGUCCGCAGAGGUUAUCAUAGAAUUUUCUUUUCAUCACUCAAUCAUGUCUACUUACACAAGCAGUCAAGCAGUCAACAAAGAAGAAAUUUCUUUUUCCGGAGACAAAGAGAUAUUUCACACAGUAUAGUUUUGCCGGCUGCAGUUUCUUCAGCUCAUCCAGUCCCUAAGCACAUAAAGAAGCCAGACUAUGUGACGACAGGCAUUGUACCCGACUGGGGAGACAGCAUAGAAGUUAAGAAUGAAGAUCAGAUUCAAGGGCUUCGUCAGGCCUGUCAGCUGGCCCGUCAUGUCCUCCUCCUGGCUGGAAAGAGUUUAAAGGUUGACAUGACAACUGAAGAAAUAGAUGCUCUUGUUCAUCAGGAAAUCAUCAGUCAUGAUGCUUAUCCCUCACCUCUAGGCUAUGGAGGUUUUCCAAAAUCUGUUUGUACCUCUGUAAACAACGUGCUAUGUCAUGGUAUUCCUGACAGUCGACCUCUUCAGGAUGGAGAUAUUAUCAACAUUGAUGUCACGGUGUAUUACAAUGGCUACCAUGGAGACACCUCUGAAACAUUUUUGGUGGGCAAUGUGGAUGAAUGUGGUAAAAAGUUAGUGGAGGUGGCCAAGAGGUGUAGAGAUGAAGCAAUUGCAGCUUGCAGAGCGGGGGCUCCCUUCUCUGUAAUUGGAAACACAAUCAGCCACAUAACUCAUCAGAAUGGUUUGCAAGUCUGCCCACAUUUUGUGGGACAUGGGAUAGGAUCUUACUUUCAUGGACAUCCAGAAAUUUGGCAUCAUGCAAAUGACAGCAAUCUACUCAUGGAGGAGGGCAUGGCGUUUACCAUAGAGCCCAUCAUAACCGAGGGAUCCCCUGAGUUUAAAGUCCUGGAAGAUGCCUGGACUGCCAUCUCCCUGGACAAUCAAAGGUCUGCCCAGUUUGAGCACACAGUUCUCAUCACGUCGCAGGGCGCACAGAUCCUAACCAAACUGCCCCACGAGGCUUGAGCAUCGACCGGACAGGCGCCUUUCCCCUCACUUCUGUGAAACUCACCUGAAGAACUUUUUUAAAACAAGGGCGAAACCAGCUUGCGCGGUACUCUACUUCGCACCCAGCAGCGCCCUGGGGGGAAAAGGCGCGCUGGGGUAUGAGGGUAGUUGAGAACGCGGAUCGAAAACCCUGCCGGGGUCGCGCAACUUUGGAGAUGUAACUGGCUGCUGACUCUGCUUCCCAUCGCUGGAAAUGUUUGUGAAAGGGGUGUGGGACGCCCUCGUUUGGAAGACGAGCGAUUCCUAGAGGAACAGGAUUUUCUCUUUCCCUUGUCUUGACUCUGCCCAAGUAAAAGGCUUU